AUGGAGGAAUCCUCAGCAGGUAUUGAUAAGGCGAGGGAGGGGGAUGAUGGGGUCCUCCAAAAACUGGUCAAAAUGUCCUUAUCGGCAAAAGAAGCAGGAGAGGCCGAAAUUACUGGGGAUGAUAUCAAAUCAAGCGAUGAGGAGUGCAAUAGAAGCUUGUUUGGAAAGGUUGUGGGUGAUAGGCAUGCUGGUCUCCUGGGAAUUAAGAGGACGAUGGGCGCUAUCUGGAGAAUGCAGCAUUCCAUGGAGGUGAAAGAGAUUAGUGAAAAUUUUUUCCAAUUUAUAUUUCUCUCUCAAGAGGACAAAAAGAAGGUGUCUGCAGGCCAUAAUUGGAUGUACGAAAACCAAUACUUAAUCCUAAAAGAAUGGUUCCAUGGGUUACAUAGCAAUCACAUUUGCUUUGAUGAGAUCACGCUUUGGGUUCAGGUGUUAAAUGUUCCUCUGAAUUGGAUGAGCACUGAGGUGGGCCAGAAAGUUGGAAGAAUUUUCAAUAAAGUUAAAAACGUGAUUGUCUGUAAGGUUGGAGGGGAUGUAGGGAGUUUUCUGAAACUGCUGGUGGCAAUCGACCUGAAAGAACCAAUUCCCAGGUGUACAUCCAUAAAACUUGGGAACCAAAAGGUGAUGGUGGCAUUUAGGUAUGAGAAACUUGUCAAUUUAUGCUACUACUGUGGUAUGAUAGGGCAUCUGGACAGGAGCUGUAGCAAAAGAUUGAGAGACUUUGAGAAUAACUGUGUGGCUGAUGGUCAGUUUGGGGAUUGGCUAAAAACUUCUGAGACAUAUGCAGGGGGAAGGAGUAUGCAGUCUGACAGUUCAGGUGAGAAAGUUGACCACCCGAAAACCAACCCAGUCCAAGAUUCCUUUGCCUCUGAUAAUAUUAUUUCUAAUGUGGGUCAACGAGAGGUAAUCAGAAGCACUGAAAGUGGGGACCAAUCACCCCUUGUUUUGGGAAAAGUAGGAGGCCCGAGUGAUAAGUAUGGAGAGAUCCAAGAAUUUGUGGGGAUGGCUGAGCCAACACCUAGCAAUGUGGCUAAUCAUGUGGAGGAUGAGGGCAGAAACAGAAUGGAGGUGGAAGAAUGUGUGCAGGCUAAGAAGUUCAUUAUUGAUGAAGCAGUGGGUGAUCUUUGUAAAGCCAAUUUGAGAAAGAGAUCUGGGGCUUGGUGGAAGAGGCAAAUCACAUCUAAAAGUAGACUGCAGAGAGUCCCUAUGAAACCCAGUGGGAAACCCCAUUUGAGAGUGGAGGUGGAUGGGAACUGUUUCUUGGUUAAGGAUUUGGUGCAGGCAGGUGGAGCCCAAUGGGACAUGACUCUCAUCAAAGCUCUUUUUUCUGAAGAUGAUGCAGAGAAGAUCAUGAGGAUUAAAACUCUUAACCCCAGAGCUAAAGACCAAUGGCAGUGUAAUUCUUGGCUAAAGGGAGGUUUUCUGUCAAGAGAGCCUAUUCCUAUCUCCUAA